UAUGCAUUUCCUCACUCUUAACACUUCUUCAAAUGCUUCUCUUCAGAUGACAGAUGGUACAAUGACUUUGUACAUGCCACUCUUCAGAUGCUGCUCUUCCACUUCAAGAACCCUCCUCCAGCUCCAUGCCUAUCUCUUAGUCACUGGUCGUUGCACUCAUGAUCCAUUGGCUGCCACCAAACUCAUAGAAUCCUAUGCUAAGAUGGGCGCUGUCGAUUCUUCUCGAUCCGUCUUCGAUACCUUCUCAACACCUGAUCCCUUCAUGUGGGCCAUGAUGAUCAAAAGUUAUGUUUGGAAUCUCUUCUUCACAGAAGCCAUUUCACUCUAUCAUGAAAUGCUGUCUCACCAACUUCACCGCAGUAGCUUUAUCUUCCCAUCUCUUCUCAAGGCUGCUUCGGGUCUUCAUGAUAUGGGUAUCUGUGGGAAGAAACUGCAUGGGAGGAUCAUUAAGAGCGGUUUCCAAUCCGAUGCUGUUGUCGAGGCAGCAUUGCUUCAUAUGUAUGGAGAGAUGGGAAGCUUAGACCUUGCUCGCCAGGUGUUCGACUGCAUGUCAGUGAGAGAUGUCGUUUCAUGGAGCUCGAUGAUUUCAACCUUUGUCCGGAAUGGUCAAGCUUAUGAAGGGCUGGAGUUAUUCCGUGAAAUGGUGAACUUGAGAAAUGUCGAACCCGAUUAUGUGAUGUUGUUGAGUGUAACCCAAGCUUGUGCUGAUUUGGGAUUUCUAAGACUAGCCGAAUCGGUUCAUGGGUAUAGCGUGAGCAGGGAUAUUGAGAUGGAUGGGUCGCUGAAGAAUUCACUUGUAGCUAUUUAUUGUAACUUUGGCAGAUUGGAUCGUGUGGAGAAGAUUUUCCAGAAGGCAUCUCAGAUGAGUGUCAUUUCAUGGACUGCGAUUAUUUCGUGCUACAAUCAGAUGUCCCUCUUCCAAGAAGCAUUAGGCAUCUAUCUUCAGAUGCAGGAGUCUGGGGUGAAAGGGAAUUCAAUAACCAUGGUAAGUGUUCUGCUGUCAUGUGGUCAGUUGGGAUGCCUAAGGGAGGGAAGGUCGGUGCACGGUUUCAUGAUACGAACAGGUAUAGACCCCGAUUUCAAUCUCAUGGGUGUGGCGCUAAUAGACAUGUAUGCCUGUUGCAGGAAGCUUGGAUAUUGUGAAGGAGUGUUUGAGACCAUAAAACAGAAAACUGUGGUCUCAUGGAAUUCCCUCAUUACAGUCUAUGCUCGGAAUGGGUUGUCAGAGAAGGCUUUGGAACUCUUUGUUCAAAUGCGGAUUGAAGGAUUGUUUCCUGACUCAUUCACACUGGCGAGUUCACUCUCAGCCUGCAGACACCUUGGAAUUUCCCAGCUAGGGUGUCAAAUCCACGGUCAUAUUGCCAAAACAGGCUUUCAGCAUAAUGAAUAUGUUCAAAACUCUCUCAUAGAUAUGUACUGCAAAUGUGGGUUUGUGGAUAUAGCUUAUGGGAUCUUUGAUAAGAUGGAAGGAAAAUGUGUGGUAACAUGGAAUUCGAUGAUGGGUGGGCUCGCUCAGAAUGGAAAUUCAGUGGAAGCAAUUGUUCUCUUUGAUCAAAUGCACUCUAAAGGUCUCGAAAUGGAUACAGUGACCUUCGUCAGUGCAAUUCAAGCAUGUUCCCAUUUGGGUUAUUUAGAAAAGGGAAGAUGGGUGCAUCACAAGCUCAUAACCUAUGGUUUGGAGAAGGAUACUUAUGUUGAUACAGCUCUCACUGACAUGUACGCAAAGUGCGGAGAUUUACAGAUGGCUCGGAUGGUCUUUGAUAACAUGACAAAAAGGAAUGUGGUUUCAUGGAGUGUCAUGAUCGCUGGCUAUGGAAUACAUGGCUACGUCGAUGUUGCCAUUUCGCUUUUCUCUCAAAUGAUCGGUUGUGGGAUAAGACCAAACAAUGUAACUUUCAUGAACAUGUUAUCUGCAUGCAGUCAUGUUGGGGCUGUGGAAGCAGGGCAGUUCUACUUUGAUUCAAUGGCGCAGGACUUUGGUAUUGAGCCUGAGUUGGAGCAUUGCGCCUGUAUGGUCGACCUUUUAAGUCGUGCUGGUCAUCUCGACAGUGCAUACAGUUUCAUUAAAUCAAUGCCUGUAACACCAAAUGCUAGCAUUUGGGGGGCAUUUCUCGGUGGAUGUCGUAUUCAUCGCAAGAUGGAUAUGAUUGAUGACGUUGGAAGGAAGAUUUUAGCUCUGGAACCAGGUAACUCUGGAUAUUACACACUGCUGUCAAACAUCUAUGCUGAAGGAGGGAGGUGGGAUGCCUAUGGAAAUGUGAAGGUGAAAAUGAAAGAUAUGGGUUUGAGAAAGGUACCUGGAUACAGCACAAUCGAAAUGAAGAGAAGGAUUUACAGGUUCUGCGUGGGAGAUACUUCCCAUCUGCAGACAAAGGAAAUUUAUAGUAUUUUGGAAGAUCUUGAAAGGUUGGCCCAUGGACAAGGUUAUAUAUCAGAUAGAGGUUCUGUGCUGCUCAGUUCAGACCCUAAGAACUCUAAAGACGAAGGAAUGAAGGAAAACAACGUUGGAAGUCACAGUGAGAGGCUAGCAAUUGCAUUUGGGAUCAUCAACACCAGUCCAGGGACAACACUACGCAUCUCGAAGAACCUUCGUGUUUGUUGCGACUGCCAUUCUUUCACAAAAUUUGUGUCCAAGAUCACAAACAGGGAAAUUAUCAUGCGAGAUUUGAAUCGUUUCCAUCAUUUCAAGAAUGGAAUUUGCUCUUGUGGAGAUUAUUGGUGACAAAUACACUGACAGAUGAUUUAUAAAGAUGAGUUGAGUUACAUUCAUCUCCCGAUGUGCAUAUUCACAGGACAUUGCAUGCUGUUGUGUAGCCAAACAGGUGUUCAGCAGCAAUACAUGGUCUUGAACUUGCAGUUGGAGCUUGUGAGUAAGGCUAACGUUAACUGUGGAAACAUGGUAUCUGAGUGUGUAAAUAUACUUACUGUAGUAGCAUUCCUAGAAACAGUGUCUUUGAUCUUUAGUAAGUAUCCUCCAAGGGCUUCUAGAGUCAUCCCAGUUAUAUGAAGACUACGUUGUAUUCAUCAAGAAACAUAACAUUGGCUGUUCUUGAAACUGGAUGGACCAGUGUAGUCACCUGUAGAACUAGACCUGUCGAGUAUACCUGCACUGAAAAUGUAUAGAGGAUAGCGAGAGUGUCCAUUAUGGUUGGAGAACCUAUGAUGCCUAAGUCAGGUAGGUAAACUAAAAUAUUUAAGCCA